ACCCUUCUUUUACUAUAUAGACCCGUAUACUUCUACAUGUAUGCCGCAAUGGAAUUACCACCACAUGAGAGGAGUGCCGAAACUGAAAAUCCCGCUGACGCUAUGAAAUUCCAGCAGCGGGAACAGCUAAAAAUUAUUCAGUUUGUGCGACGCGUUCUCUGGGAGCGGUUGGCGCGCCGAAAGUUCGCAGGAGUUAACGUCGCGACGCCCGAAACUACUACGAGAACUUCUUGGCAUUUUCAGGUUUCCAGUUACAAAAGACAAAAAAAACAUGUUUUUGGGUUUUUUUAAUAAUUUUUUAUUUUAUUCUCGACGUUUUGUGUAAAAAAUUCGAUAAGCGUCUUUUUAUGCUUAAUCAGGUAUGUGAGACGUUCAUGGUUAUUUAAUAUACCCAUUAAGAAUCCCGUGUUGAAUCUUAAGUGUUGUGCAAUAAAUAAACUAUAAAACACGAAAGUUUUAUGUGAUUUUUAUGUGUCUGAGUGUCUGACGGUCACAGAAAUUGUUAGAUGUAGUGCUGUUUUUAAUUUUUGGUUGGAUAUUUGGAUUUCCUGAUGGUAUCGAUACGAUGUGCCGGUUUACUUCUAUGGGUCUCCUACGCUAUAAAUCUGCCUACAACUUCCUUAGCGCAGUUAGAAACUGGUGACAUUGAAUUUGCCACAACAGAAUCACCAGAAAUGCCGGAAUACAUGAAUCCUUAUCCACUAUUGCACCCUUGCCAUCGGUUUGCCGAUAUCACCAAUAACGAGUUUUACAGUCCUGCAUCUCCCCCAGAUGCACCCACUUAUCCCAAUAAUACAAAUUGUACACUUGUACUUACAGCUCCCAAAAACCACGUAAUAGACCUAGACUUCCUCGACUGGUUCGAAAUCGAAAAAUCCGACGGAUGUAAAAAUGAUUUCCUCGAAGUGCGUGAUGGAAAAUACGGAUUUAACAAUGUUCUAUUGCACUUUUGCGGCAUAAACGAAUUUCCACCGAACGUCAGAUCGUCUAAUAGGCAUUUAUGGAUAUAUUUCAAAUCGGACGAGAAUAUCGAAGGCAAGGGAUUCAGAGCUGUAUUUCAUUAUGUACCCAGGGCCAACAAAUCCAGCGUGCCGGAAAUUAAAGAGUGUAAAAAGGAAAUAAGCUUUAAGGAGGAAGGCCGAUUUUCGAAGGACGACAUACCGGCGGACAUAAUCGAGUUUGACAAGCAACACGAUCUCCCAAUCGAUUGCAUGUGGGUCAUCACUGUCAGAUAUAACUGGAGGAUACAACUUCAGUUCGAGGCGUUCAAACUUGAAACACCGAACGACUGCGAGUCAAAUUUUGUCGAAGUAUUCUCGAACAAUACAAUAAAUUCGAAAAAAAAAUUCUGCGGGUCAAUGGCCGAUACAGUAUUAUCAGAAGUUAACCAUAACGUGAUGAUAGUUCGAUUUUAUUCCCAACACUCUCGAGGAUCUACUACGUUUGCCGCAAAUUUUACUGCUUAUAGGGACUCAAAAAAAGAUAAAACAAACGCAAAAAGAUGCCUCGAUAAUGAAUUUGAUUGCGAAGACUACACCUGCAUAUCAUCCACUUUAAGGUGUAAUGAGCGAUAUAACUGUAGGUUUAGAUGGGAUGAAGAGGGAUGCCAUGGUGGUGAAAAUUUCGUAUUGACUGAUGACCACAUUGUGAUAAUCAUGGUUAUCUUCUCGUUGAUUUUAGCUGGGAUGUUUAUAACUUUCGUCUAUAACUGUAUAAAGAAGCUUCUAAGGGACCAUAAAACUAUCAAAGAAUUUAAACGUAGCAGAGAACAAUUAGACAAGGACCUUGAAGAUGAUAAACGGUCAUCAAAGACCAACAGUGGCCCACAUAGAACCCCUUCGGUAGAAUCGACCAGGUUUGGACCUACAGAAUCCGGAACUGCUCCCUGUUACGUUCCAGGUGAAGAGAUUCUUCCUAUAUUAAUAAAGAAUUCACACCCGGCGCCGUCCAACGGGAGCAUGUAUAAUCAAAACAUUUAUACCGUAGAUAAGGAGGAUAUACCAAAGAUGUGCGAUAGCGCGUGUCAAACUAGGGAAAGUUUGUUCACGUCCCAAGAAUACAGUUCGGGAAAUAGCACGCCGAACAAUAGCGUCCACACGAACUCACCGCCUGCUCCAUUCAGCACUUUCGGCUACAAUAGGAAAGAUAGUAACAAGUUUAAGGCUGAGGCGAAGAUAGAAAUGCAUCGCGAAAUGUCCAACACUCCCUCGUCCAAGUAUGACAAAAGGUAUAGCGUCCAAACAACAAAAUCAGCUCCAGACGUAAUAGUGACACACUGACAUAUGCUGAACAAUGAAUGGGAGCCCUAUAAACGAAGACACCCGCGCCAGCACAUUUUAAAAUCUGCUCGGGUGGACAGUUCUUCGGACGUAAUGGGCUCGACAAGUGGGACUCAAGUUUCAACCUUCACUCAGCCAUAAUAGUUUCAUUUGUAAUGUUAAAUCAAUUUUAUCUUAAAUUAGAUCAAUUUCUUGUUGACAAUCUGUUAUUUAGUUUUUCAAAUUUUAAACUUAAAGUUAUAUUUUCUAGGGCGUCUUAUUAGACAAAAGGGAUUUAUUAUAUUAUUAAAAUUAUGGCGUGUCUCUGUGAGUUUUUGGUUAAAAUGCCUUGUCAUCUAAAUAUUAUCAUAUUGAUUACACCUGUUACUUCUAAAACCUCAAUAUCUUGAAAUGCAAUGGUAGAAAAAGUAUGAAUCGAAUGUUGAAAAUGCUCUAUGAAUUAAUAGUCUUAAAGGUAUUAAGUUGUUCAGCUCUAUAUGUCUGCGUUCGCUUACUAUUACUAUAACUCAAAUAUCCUAAAAACCAUCUGUAAAAAUUAUGAAAUAAUUUAUGUUCUAUUGCGACCAGACUGUUAAAUUCAUUUUAGUUGAAAUGUAGAUCAAUCCAGAUAGAACUCUUUCAUUAUUCCAAAUCUAGAAAAAGUUUCUAAGCCAACUAUAUUCUACCAAAACUCAAAUAACUGAAAAUCACUGGUGGAAAGAAAAUGAAACAAUUAUUUUCAUAUAGUCUCGAGUGUUCAAUUAAUUAUAUUUAAAGUUUAUAUCGAUCUAGAUCCAAUCUUUUCAAUUUUUUCAGGAACAAGUUUCUAACCCAACAACUUUCUACUAAAAUUCAAAUAUCCCAACAACCAGGUGCACAAAUUAUGAAAGCAGUAAUAUUAGAUAUACAGAUAUAGAUAGAACUUUUAAAUUUUUCUCCGAGUCCAUGAACAAAUUCCUACUUUCUAUAAUAACUCAAACACCACUGUUGGAUAAAUUAUGAAACAAUUAAUGUUUUAUUGAGACUAGAGUAUUUAAUUAAUUUAAUUUCAAGUGUAUAUAAAUCUGAAUACAGCUUUUUGAUUUUUCCGACUCCAAGUCCAGGAAGACGAAACAAGUGUUCUAUUGAGAAAAUGUUUUAUACAUUUUAUUUGAGGUUUUAAGUAAUCCAGAUAGAACAUUUUAGGUUUCUGGAUCCAGGUUUAGGAAGGAGUUUGCAAAAUAGAAAUCUUAAAUAUCCUAAAUAUUACUGGUGCGAAAAUUUGAAACUUUCUUUUUCAAUAAAACAUCUAUUGAAAAAAACGCAUAUUAAUUUUUGCUUAAAGGGCUUAGCAAUUCAAUUAAAACUUUUCAAUUUUUUCGGACAUAAAUCCAGGAACGAGUUCCUAAGCUAACCUCUUCUUAAUAUAACUCAAACAUCUUAAAUGCCGCUAAUGCAAAAAUUUUGAAACCAGUAAUAUUCUAUUGAGAAAAGAAUAUUUUGUAAUUUUUUAGAGGUGUUUAGCAAUUUUUAUUAAACUUUUAAGCUUUCCUUCAAGUAACGGGUUACCUCGCUCUAGUAUAAUUUAUCUCAUUAUCUCUAAAGGUGAAAAAAAUAAUAAAACAAGGAAUGUUUUAUUAAAAAAAACGUGUUUUAUAAGUUUUAUUUAGAGUGUACAGCUAUCCAAACAGAUUUUUUUAAUAUUUAAACGCAGGAACGUUAAUUUAUGCUUUAAAUAUCUUGAAAAAUACUAGUUAAAAAAUUGUGAAACAAAUACUGAUGUAUGGAAAAAGAGUGUUUUAUAAAUUUUGGUUAAGGUAUAGAGUAAUCAAGUAGAAUCUACUAGCUUUUCAGCUCGAUUCCCAGCAGAAUUCCAAUUCGGAAUACUGUAUCUGUUUCUACUAAGACUCGAAUGACUUAAAAACCUCUUUUGAUGAAAUUAUGAGUCAAGUGGUAUUCUAUUAUGGAAAAAAUCGUCUCUUAUUUAGAUUGCAAGUCCAGUUGAUACCAUGAUAGAGACACGCUUCUAUUGUAAUCAAAUUAUAGUAGUAAAAUUGUAUAUGUGUAAUGAGAUACCCUAUAUAAAAAUAAUAUUUUUUUAGAUCGAAUAUCCAUUGAAUAAAUUAUUUAUACAGUCUUGGUACUUAACACUGGACACUUAAACUGUAUAACUAAUUUUUAUUAGUAUUAUUUUAAAAUCUAGGAUAAUUUAGAAAAAUACUUUUUAAUAUUAAGAUCGGUUUUUCUUUAAUCGUUAUUUUAUAGCUAUCAAUAUCUGUGUAUAAGUCAUUUAAAAAUCAAUGUUUAAUGUUAAAUGGUUCUCGCAAUGAAAUUAAAUUCAUGCCAAAUACAUAAUGAUUAUGUUAUUAUGCAUUUGAAAAUUUACAAAAAAAAUACGUUUUAGCUUUAUUGCGUAAAUUUUUAAAUAAUUUCAAGGUGAUUUUAAUAUUAUUAAUAAAUGGCGAAUUAUAUAAUAAUAAAUCAGACAAAAUGCAUAGAAAUGUUUAGGAAUUAUUAAGCCAGAAAAAUCCCAACCCUUGUAAGUCCGACUCAUUAAUAAUAGCGUACUUUAGAUGUUUUUUAAAUGAUCUCAAAAACUUUGUAAAAGUACUUAAUUUUCAGGAAAUCUUAACAUUAUUUAAUAUUUUAAAGGCGGAUUUUUAGCAUAUUUCUAAACAGCUACUGUUUAUAUCCAUACCCUCAUUAAAAAUACUUAAUUAAAUUAUUAAUUAUUCACCCCAUAAUAGCUAAAAAUAACUUGUAUAUAUUAGGUACAUUUUUGUAUCUCUAUCUCU